CUGGGGAUCCGCGUCACUUCGCAGCCGCCGCCAUGGACCAGCCACGAGCUGCCGCCCGCCUGCGCGUGGUGCUGGGGCACCUCGGACGCCCCAAGAUCGGCAGCGGGACUGGCACCGUCGUCGCUCACCCCACCUCUGGAGUUGUUUAUCCUGCCACUUCCCAGCCCCAGAACUUCCAGUACACCUUAGAUACGGAUGUGCUGACCUUGGAGCAGAGGAAAUUUUAUGAAGAUAAUGGGUUUCUUGUCAUUAAGAACCUGGUAUCUGAUGCUAACAUCGAACGCUACAGGAAUCAAUUUGAGAGGAUCUGCCGCAAGGAGGUGAAGCCCCUAGGGCUGAUGGUCAUGAAGGAUGUGACUAUCGCCAAGACGGUGACCGAAUCCAACGAGCGGGUGGUGAGCAAACUGCAGGACUUUCAGGAGGACCCGGAGCUCUUCAGCUACUGCCAGCUGCCCGAGAUCCUCAGGUACGUGGAAUGCUUCACUGGGCCCAACAUCAUGGCCAUGCACACCAUGCUGAUCAACAAGCCUCCAGACACAGGCAAGAAGACCUCCCGCCACCCACUGCACCAGGACCUGCACUACUUCCCCUUCAGGCCCAGCAACAGCAUUGUGUGUGCCUGGACAGCCAUGGAGCACAUUGACCGGAACAACGGCUGCCUGGUGGUGCUCCCGGGCACUCACAAGGGCACCCUGAAGCCCCAUGGCUACCCGGAGUGGGAGGGAGGCGUGAACAAAUUGUUCCACGGGAUCCUGGACUAUGACGAGAACAACGACCGGGUACACCUGGUGAUGGAAAAGGGGGACACAGUCUUCUUCCACCCGCUGCUCAUCCACGGCUCUGGCCAAAACAAGACCCGGGGCUUCCGAAAGGCCAUCUCCUGCCACUUCGCCAGUGCUGACUGCCAGUACAUCGAUGUCAAGGGUACCAGCCAGGAGAUGAUUGAGGAGGAGGUAGCAGGCUUGGCCAAUAAACUUUGGGGAUUGAAAACAGAAGACUUGGACCUGAAGAGCAUUUGGCAGUUUCGAGGACGACUUGUACAAGGGAAAAGAACGAACCUCUGAAAGGGCUCUUCGCUGGAAUUUCUUUUUCAAGAAGAAUGAAAGGAAA